AUGAAAUCUUCAGUCGUCCUUGCUGCUACUGGCGCCGUCAUGGCCAUGGGUGCCGCCCUCGAUCCCCGUGUCAUGAAGACUAUGCUGGACAUCACCUUUGUAACCGUCACCGUUACCGACGGUAUGGAGCCUACUCCUAGCCCUACUUCCUCGACUCCGGCCGUCUUCUACGAGGCUCCCGUCUCCGUUCCCAAAGUCGAGCAGUCGCCUGAGCCUGCGCCCGCGCCCGUGUUCCAGACCAUCAUCAUCUCCAACACCCCCGAGCCCACCCCGACUCCGACCCCGACCCCUACGCCCGAGCCGGUUGUGGCGCCCGUCGUGCCCUCCCCUCCCCCUGCCAAGCCUGUCGUUGUCGAGACUGCGCCGGCUGCCCCUAGCCCCGCUCCUGUUGCUGAUGACCUCGAGAGCACCUGCAUCGACACUCACAACCUUCACCGCGCCAACCACUCCGCCCCUGCUCUGAGCUGGGACAGCCAACUUGCCAGCUAUGCCCUCAUCACUGCCAAGACCUGUGUCUUUGAGCACGACAUGUCGGAAGGUGGUGGUGGCUAUGGUCAGAACCUUGCCAUGUGGGGUGCCACUGGCUCCGAGAAUCUCGGCGAGGCCAAGGCUGCCCAGCGUGCCAUCACUGAUCAAUGGUACAACGGCGAGAUCAACCUCUACCCCGGCUAUGGCCUGCCCAACCUUGACAUGUCCAACUUCCUUUCGUGGGGUCAUUUCUCCCAGUUGGUCUGGGUUGACUCCACCACUGUCGGCUGCGCCGUAAACUACUGUGCUGCCGGAACCCUGAGCUCUAUUGGUAGCUGGUUCACCGUCUGCAACUACAAGUCCCAGGGCAACGUCAUCGGUAGCUUCGCUCAGAACGUCCUGCCUCCUCGCGAUGCUGCUUCCGUCUACGUUGCUUAA